AUGAUGGAAAGAGAUGGCGAUGAGAGCGCGCGGCUCAUGGAGACGUUCACCAUCCACGAUGCGGACGCGGAUGCGCACCAGGAUGAGGAGGCACUGCUACACAAUAUCGAUUGGAAGUCUGCACCGCGGACACUGGCCGCACACGGCUUGCACAUGCUCUCGCGGACAGCGAUUCGCUUGCUGCAACUCCCGGCGCGUGUCCGAGAACUGGGAUAUGCCGACACCCUGCGCGUCGUCUUCGAUUACCCGUCGCCGGCUCUCGAACUGCGCAGUACGGCUUGGCUGGAUGGACUGCGUGGAUUGGCUGCCUUUGAAGUCUUCAUAUUCCAUAAUAUCGAUGGGUGGAUUGAUCGGACACUGUCGUACGGCACCGGGAAGUACUCGAGUCCCGCAUGGUACUACGCGCCCUUCAUCCGAACGAUAUACGGCAGCGGUGACGCCGCAGUGUGCAUCUUCUUCGCCAUCUCGGGCUAUGUCCUCACCUACAAGAUGCUGCGGAUUAUGCGACAACAACGAUACGAUGACCUUCUGACGACAGUCUCGUCGGCUGUCUUCCGUCGAGGAAUCAGAUUGUACAUGCCAGUAUUCAUCGAGACGUUGACCCUCAUGCUCGCCUGUCGUCUCCUUGGCCUGCCCACACCUGGCGUAUAUGCUUUGGAACCAACAUUCUGGAUGGAACUGAAGAGUUGGUUCUUGAGCUUUGGCCAUCUACUCCUACCACUUCGAUAUCCGGACCGCUGGGACGCUCUUCUCAACAGAUACGACGGGGCGAUAUCGUGGACCAUACCCCUGGAAUACCACGGCUCUCUCUACGUAUAUCUGUCGAUCGUUUUUCUGGCGAGGGUGCCUAGUGUGGUGAUCAGACGCAUCUUGAUCUUCGCUAUGGUAGCGCAGAACUUCUGUAAAGACGACUGGAUCGCGGCUCAAUUCCUUAUGGGCAUGGCAUUCGCGGACUAUCAGAUUGAACGUGAGCUCUCUGAGCCGAAAGUCAGCCGUCGACCAUGGCUCCGCCCGUUGGUCACUUGGGGCUUCUUCCUCUUCGGCUUCUAUCUCGCCGGUCUACCUGGUGCCAGGGGCCGAAAUGAGUAUGAACGAGAUCCAAGAGUCUUCCCGCGACCUUACUACGACUGGCUUGCGCAACCAAUUGCAAGUCUGGGUCUCUACCUAGAUCGCCAGACAGAUCGAUACUUCCAGUGCUUCGCGGGAAUGUGUCUGCUCAUCGGUAUCGGCGAAAUUGCAAGCCUCAAACGCGGACUCGAGACCCGCUUUGUACAGUAUCUCGGUCGGAUCUCUUUUGGUUUGUAUCUGUGCCAUAUCUUCCUCCGAGCCUGGAUGGCACCCUUACUCGGGGCGAAAAUCUGGAUCAGCGCAGUAGGACUGGAUCCGAGCAUCGAAUACUCGAAGCGAUCUUCAGCCGAGAAUGGAAGACUGUUCAUCGCUUAUGUUCUGACAAUGAUCCCGGCUACGUGCGUUAAUUUCAUCGUUGGAGGACUAUUUCGGCGAUACUUGGAUCAGCCUGCCAUCGAUGCUGGUCGAAACUUUGAGAGAUGGUGUCUGUCUUUUGGGAAGAAGGAUGGGCUGCCCGUCUUGAAUGGCGGGGCUACUGCGCCGGGUCCUCCUUUGCAGAUGCAGGAAGUAGAUGUCGCGGAUAGGGCCGGUCGUGCAGUGUAUGAAUAA